AUGGACAGCGAGCCCGAAAAGGACACUCGCGACCAAGAAGUUGAAUAUUUAUACCUGGAAUUAGACACUCCUCUACCGACACCAUUCAUCACAUCACCUCCGGAACCAGGCCAGUCACCAGCCCCAGAAUGUCCAGAUCUGAAGAAGUAUUCGAGUCCGUUUUUGUGGCCUAAAUGGCGCAAGUCCAUGAUGACAUGGAUCUCCUGUGCAGUUACAGCAUUGGCGGGUUACUCAGCUGGCGAAAUCAGUCCGUCGUCGGCUGAACUGACCAAGGAAUGGGGGAUUAGCCAGGUUGUCUUUAACCUAGGCAUCACUUUGUUCUGUGUUGGAUUUGCAUUGGCGCCGAUGAUACUGGCUCCGUUUUCAGAAAUCAACGGAAGGAGGCCAAUUUUCAUUGCUAGUGGGAUUGUCUUUGUCGCUUGCAUCAUUGCCUGUGGAGGCACUCAUUCCUUCGGAGGAAUGCUUGUUGCACGUUUCUUCCAGGGCGCAGGUGGAUCGACGUUCUCUACCAUGGUGGGAGGUGUGAUCAGCGACAUUUACCACGCGGAGGACCGGAAUACCCCCAUGGCACUGUUCUCCGGUGCUGCUCUUUUCGGUACUGGACUGGCCCCGAUGCUGGCUGGCGCCGUUGUGCAGCACACCACAUGGCGAUGGGUUUGGUACUCUCACGCCAUCGUCUCAGCCGUCUUUGUUGUUAUAAUCUAUCUCUUCUUUAAAGAAACCCGAGGCAGUGUGCUUCUGAGUCGAAAGGCAAAAGCACUCAAUACGUACUACGACCAACUCGAGAGUGCUGGUCAUUACGGGGUCAUCAUGUCGGAUAAGGAGACGAUCAAGCGUAUCCGGUGGAAGGUGAAGAGUGAUGAGGAGAGGGCAUCUUUGGCACAGAUGAUCAGUAUCUCGUGCUAUCGACCAUUCCGUGAGUUGUCAACCAUCUACUAUCCGUCGAACGCCAUACUAACCCAGGAACAAGACUUACUUGUGACCGAGCCAACCGUGUUCUUCUUCUCUCUGUGGGUAUCCUUCAGCUGGGCAGUUCUAUAUCUUCAAUUUGGCUCCGUACCGCUAGUCUUCAAGACCAACCACGGCUUCAACGUUGAGCAAAGCGGCGCCGUCUUUGCCUCCAUGUGUGUUGGUGUCAUCAUCAUAACCGUCAUUAGCAUCUACCAAGAAAGCAUCGCGCGACGCUUCGUCACUCUUCCCAAAUCCGCCGAGCGACGGCUCUACUUCGUCUGCAUCCAGUCCCUGCUCAUGCCAAUCGGUUUGUUCUGGUUCGGCUGGACGUCCUACCCCUCCAUUCCAUGGAUUGUCCCAACGAUAGCAGUUGGAUGCGCUACCAUGGGUAUCUUCUCGGUCUACCUAGCAACCUUUAAUUAUUUGGCAGACACCUAUCACCGAUAUGCCAGUUCGGCGAUUGCGGCACAGUCUUGCUGUCGAAAUCUCCUCGGUGGUGUCUUUCCGCUGGUAACCAACGCCAUGUUUACGAACCUUGGAUAUCCGGGUGCUUCCAGUCUACUCGGUGGAAUUGGAGCGUUGCUGUGUAUCGUCCCCUGGGUCCUUCUGCUGUUUGGACCAAAGAUUCGCGCCAGGAGCAAAUUCGCAAGUGAACUUGCACACUAG